GGGCAGUGCUUGGGUCAGUGCGCGCUCGCGAAGUUUUUAGUCUGAGGUGAGGGGAAAAACGGCAGGUCAGGUAGCAAAUAGUCAGAUAACAGGCUAAUUCUUUGAGUUUUUGACAGAAAGGCAGGUAAAUAUGUGAUACAACUGGUUUUAUUUGAGGUUAAACGCUUUUAUUACAGUUUUUACAUAUAUUAAUCGACAAAUAUUGGAAGUUUUAUAGUGAGAAAGUCUGGUUUAGGCUUAUGUCAAAGAGCGAAGCUGUUAAUUUUGACCGUUAAAAUUAAAAAAUGCAGCCGGACGCCUGUCAGAAACUAAUUAAGCUAGCAAACCUAGGUUAAGUUAGUUAGCUAAACCUAAGUUAGCUAGUUAGGUUAAUUAACUACCUUCCCCAGAGCUGAACACGACGGGCUGAUGAUAGCUAACUACAUAUGACUACUAUUAAUAUUAUUGUUUUACAUUAUUCGCUUUAAGUUACCCAAAUGAAGCUACUUUCAUUGAAAGCAUGAAACUCCCGGACUCUUCAAGUCGUCUUCGGUCGUGUGUGGGAAAGCGGAAAACCGUACUUACUCCAGGGCACUUUGGGGGACUCCUGUAGCGCGAUGCCGCCCGGCUCGGACUCGAAAAGAGAACAAAAAAGGGCACCUUACUCCUCUUCUUCAGUUAAGCAGGACAGAAGACGUUUUCUCUUUUUCUGACGUCUUCAACUAAGGUGGACGAGAGACCCCUCGGGCCAUGGCGAGCGAGGCUGUGUGUGGACUCAUCUUCAGGCUACUGCUGCCUUUUUGCUUGGCGGCAGCAUGUCUGUUCAGGUACAAUGGUCUCUCCUUGGUCUACCUAAUCUACCUCCUCCUCAUCCCGCUGUUUCCUGAACCCACAAUCAAAACUAUGCAGGGUCCCACGGGGUGGUUACUAAAGUCGCUGUGCUGUUCCAGUGCAACCUUUCUCCUGUUCCACAUCGUCUAUCAAAUCACUGUUAACAGUCUGCUUGCAGGGAGCUCCAUCAGGCCUGACUUCAACUGUACGUUGUGGGAGAAGUCUAUACGACAAAUUGGAUUUGAAAGUGUUGUAGGGGCAGACGCAGGCAAUGGGAUCCGAGUGUUUAUCCCGGACAUUGGCAUGUUCAUGGCAGGCCUGGGCACCUGGCUACUGUGUAGACGUCUCGAGCAGAAGAGGCUUACAGAGGAAAUGGCCCAGUACAACCCGGACUUUGAGGCUGAAGAUCAGGAGGAGGAGAGUGAAGAGAAGAGGGAUCUUGAUGAAGGAGAUGACGAAAUGCUCUUUGAUGAAGACUUUGAUGCUGAAGAUGAGGCAGAGGACGAGGAUGGUGCUGUGGUCCUGGAAGAGGAAGAGGAAGAGGAAGAGGUUGAGGAGGAGAAGGAGAGUGCCAAAAUGAAGGUCCUGCGCAUAGUUGCAGGAGUGGCAUCAAAAGUGAAGGAGAUCAUUGGCAACCUCAUUACUACAGCAGGAAAGGUGGUGGUGACUAUAUUGCUGGGAGUGACAGGUAUGAUGCUGCCCUCUCUGACCUCAGCCGUUUACUUUUUUGUCUUCUUGGCUCUGUGCACGUGGUGGUCCUUCUGCCACACCUUCGACACUCUUCUCUUCAGUUGUCUGUGUGUGCUAAUGGCCAUCUUCUCUGCUGGUCACCUCUUCCUCCUCUACCUCUUCCAGUUCCAAUUCUUCCAGGACAGCAUCUCAGUCAACGACACCUACGCCAGAUUGUUUGGCAUCUCUGGAAUAGUCAAAACAGACUGUGUCUCCACAUGGAGGUUGACUGUACAUGCGGAUGUGAAGUGGCACCAUUGUGUCAAUCCAAUCAUGCUCCUGAUACUGUACUACACACUUGCCACACUGAUACGCCUCUGGCUGCAGGAUCCCAUAAUAACAGAGCCUAAGGAAGAAGAGUGUACCGAAAACUGUGCGGUCCACACAGCAGACAAGAGGAGACUGCUGUGGUGGAGGGCACAUCAGAGGACAGAAGAGAAAAACCUACUGUCCACACUGGAUGGUUACAGCACCUCUGAGGCAGCGAUAGUAAACUCCAAUGGAACAUCUUUUGGCUAUGUCUCCACCCUAAAUUCAGAAAAUGGACCAGUUGGCUUAGACCUGUAUUCUACUCCGACGUAUAAAGUGGAUCAAACUAAUGAUGUGCAAGACCACAAAGAUGUAGAGCUCUAUGAGGUUGUGGACGUGCCACAGGAGGAAGAAGAAGAGGAGAAGACUGAAGAUAGUGAGCAGACUGACAACCCUGGCACUUUUGCUAAAGUUUUCAAGUUCAUAAUGAAGCAAAGCUAUGUCUGCGCUCUGAUUGCCAUGAUGACCUGGAGCAUUACAUAUGUGAGCUGGCUGACAUUUGUAUUCCUGUUGUGGUCCUGCGCCUUGUGGAUGGUGCGGGAUAGGAGGAAGUAUGCUAUGCUGACCUCGCCAUUUAUGGUCGCCUAUGGUAAUCUGUUGCUGGUGCUGCAAUAUAUCUGGAGCUUUGAGACUUUGAAAGAUGUCCCUGACAUUUUUAAGACACCCACUGUUCCCUUCUCUGAACUCAGCUCAAAGGUGCUGUGUUUGCUAAGUUUCUGGCUGCUGUUACGCCAGACCCUGACAGAACGGCAAGACAAGUUAAAAGAGGAAGCAGUUCUUUCUGAAGUUACAGUCGAGACUGAGAAAAAAGAUGAAGAAAAGCAAGUGGAAGAGGAUGGCAUGGAGAAUGAUUUGGUGCAGGUUGUGGGGAAACUGGUGAUGGCUAUGUUGGUUAAGUACUGGAUCUACAUCUGUGGCAGCAUGUUCUUCUUGGUUAGCUUUGAGGAUGUGGAUCACAUAGCCAUGUACAAAGUCUUCUACAUGAUGAUGUUCCUCUUCUGUGUAGCCAUGUAUCAGGUGGAUUUCGAGCGGUGGCGAAGAAUCCUGAAGUAUUUCUGGAUGUCAGUGGUUGUGUACACCAUGCUGGUAGUCAUCCUUAUCUACACCUGCCAGUUUACAACCUCUGUUCCCUUCUGGUCUAAAGUGACGGGUGUAAGCACUGAGAGUCUUGGAAAGCUGGGUCUGAAGCAGUUUGAAGUGACAGAGUUGUUUAGACGAAUCUUCAUCCCUACAUCCUUCUUGCUAGUGUGCAUUCUUCACCUGCACUACUUCCAUGAACACUUUCUUGAGCUCACUGACAUCAAAGCUGUGGUUGCAAAGCAGGACAGUAGCAUCUACAGCCAUGCCAAAAUCAGUGCUCGUAUCUGUGUGAUUAUGGAUAGUAUCAAGCAAAAAAUCCCUACUCCUCAGAGCAAACUUGCCCACCCAGAUGGGAGCUUGGCAGACCUUACCAUGAUGAGCUCCUCACCUGAGCCCUUACUUAAAGAGGAUAAAGAAAAGGAGGUGCUGGUGGUGGAGGCCAUUAUGGAGGAGAAAAAGAAGGAUGACUCUGUCCAACUGUCGAGUCAUGAAGGAAGCCAACAGUGCAGCGUGGCUACAGAUCCAGAAAUUCCAUCAGAACAGAGUUCUGAUUUGAAGAGCAAGUGGCACCUGGUGGUGGAUCGUCUGACUGUGCUGUUUCUGAAGUUCUUGGAGUACUUUCAUAAACUGCAGCUUUUCAUCUGGUGGCUGCUGGAGAUGCAUAUUGUGAAGAUUGUUCCUUUCUAUAUCAUAUUAGUGUGUGUCAAAGAGGUGUCUCUUCUGAACUAUGUUUUGCUGGCCUCUUGGGCUUUUGCUUUGCCCUAUCGUCAGUUCCGCACAUUGGCCUCCAGCAUUUGCAUUGUGUGGACUUGUGUUAUCAUCACCUGCAAAAUGUUUUACCAGCUAGAAACCAUAGAGCCAAGAAACUACUCCGUAGAAUGCCUAAAGCCCGAGAACAUCACUGACGUUUACAUAAAUCAAUCCCUGUUGUACACUGACCCAGUAGAUCCUGCAAACUGGGUUGGACUACGCAAGAGUAAAGAACUCUUGACAUACCUUACGAAUGACUUACUAAUCGUGGCCAUUUUGGCUUUUGAAGUUACCAUCUACAGACAUCAGGAGUAUUUUCGGCGACACAACAAACUUUCUCCUCCCCCUUCCAGAACCAUCUUUCAUGAUAUCACUCGCCAGCACCUUGACAAUGGUAUCAUCAACUGCAUCAAAUACUUCAUUAAUUACUCCUUCUACAAAUUUGGUGUAGAGGUGUGUUUUCUACUAGCAGUGAAUGUGAUUGGCCAGCGGAUGGACUUCUACUCCAUGUUGCAUGCCUUUGCACUGGCAGCAGUGAUGUACAGGCGCAGAAGAAAAGCUAUUGCUGAGAUUUGGCCUAAAUACUGCUGCUUUCUAGCCUGCAUGAUCACCUUCCAGUAUGCUAUGUGUAUAGGCAUCCCACCAGCAGCUUGUAGUGAUUAUCCCUGGAGAUUUCCUUCCAGUACAACAAACUCCAACGUCAUUAAGUGGCUAUUCCUGCCUGAUUUCAGCACCAGACCAAACUCCAUGUUUCUUCUGUAUGACUUUAUGUUACUGUUAAGUGCUUCUCUGCAGCGGCAAGUGUUUGAUGAGGAGAAUAAGGCAGCAGUACGUUUAAUGGCAGGAGACAAUGUAGAAAUUUGCAGAGAUCUGGAUGCAGCUUCGUUUAGUGUCCACAAUCCUGUGCCAGACUUUAUACACUGCAGAUCCUAUCUGGACAUGCUGAAGGUGAUCAUGUUCAGCUACCUCUUCUGGUUUGUUCUCACCAUUAUCUUCAUCACGGGCACAACACGCAUCAGUAUCUUCUGCAUGGGCUACUUGGUGGCAUGCUUUUACUUCCUGCUCUUUGGAGGAGAGCUUCUGCUCAAGCCAAUCAAAAAGCUUCUCCACUACUGGGAUUUCCUAAUAGCCUACAAUGUCUUUGUCAUCACUAUGAAGAACAUCUUUUCUCUUCUUGCUUGUGGCUAUAUCGAUAGCAUGCAAAAAAAUAGCUGCUGGUUGAUUCAACUGUUGAGUCUGGCCUGCACCAUCAAAGAGUAUACUCCACCUAAUACGGCAUCUAUCCCAUCUCAGGACAGAUGUGACUUGCCAAAGGAUGAAGCAGGCAUCAUCUGGGAUAGCAUCUGUUUCAGCUUUUUGCUUCUCCAGAGGCGUGUUUUCAUGAGCUACUACUUCCUACAUGUGGUGGCUGAUAUUCGUGCUGGCCAGAUACUGGCUUCUAGAGGAGCAGAGCUUUUCCAAGCUUCCAUAGUGAAGGCCGUAAGAGCUCGAUUGGAGGAGGAGAACAAGUCCAUGGAGCAACUUAAGAGACAAAUGGACCGCAUUAAAACCCGGCAGCAGAAGUUUAAGAAAGGCAAGGAGAAGAUGCUGAGCAUGACUCAGGAAUCUGGAGAUGGGCAGAACCUUAUUCCACCAGAAGAAGAAGAUGACGAUGAUGUGGUGAGAAGUGGGGAUUAUUACCUCUUUGAGACAGACAGUGAAGAGGAGGAAGAAGAGGAGGAGAAAAAAGAUGAGGAACCUCCAAAGAAAUCAGCAUUCCAGCGAGCGAUCGGAAAGUUUGCCUCAGCUGUGCUGGCUUUACCCAGGUCUAUCAUAAAACUGCCCAAAACUAUCCUGCAGUAUAUUAUAAGGGCAGCCAAGUUUGUGUACCAUGCAUGGGUCACAGACUCCAAAACAGCUCUGAAAGAGAGAAGAAAAGAGCGGCGUCACUUCUGGAAAAGAUACACUAGAGGACAUAAACAUAGAAAGGAAAAGACAGAAGGACAUGUGGCAAUUGAAGUAGGGGAAGAGGAACAGCAAAGCACAGAGGAGAAAAAAGGCCCAGAUAACAUCAUAAAGAGGGUUUUCAACAUAAUAAAGUUCACAUGGGUGCUGUUCCUGACCACAGUCGAAAGCCUGACUGUGUGGAUCAACUCUGUCUGUAGAGAGUAUAUUGACAUCUCCACUGUGCUGCGCAUUGAGCGCUGUAUGCUUACCAGAGAGGUUAAAAAGGGUAAUGUGCCUUCACGUGAGAACAUCCAGGUGUACUACCAGAAACAGUUGCGUCUAAAUGCGUCCCGGGAAUCUGGCCUGGACAAGAUCAGCGAGGAGGACUCAACAUCAGGUUCUCACAGGGUCCGCCGAAGACGCAGGGGCUACACUAUGGACAGUCAAGACUCUGUGAUGUCCAGAGAUAGCAUGUCUAGUGCAAACACAGAGGCCACCAUGCUUUUUUCUCGCCAGUCCACUCUGGAUGACCUGGAUGAUAUGCCACACCAUGUACCCAAAACCAGCGAACGUGCUCGGCCCAAACUACGCAAAAUGUAUGGCCUGGACAUGUCAAACUCAUCCGGAGACAGCUGCAGCAGUGCCAUCUCCAGUGAAGCCACUCAGUGCAUUACUCUGUUUUCACGGCAAGGCACCAAUGACACCAUUGAGGAAGCGGAAGAUGAGCAGGACCAGUCACAGGCCAAAAAAGAGAGCCCUAAACAGCUUGAAGAACAAGGCCCUUGGAAAUCCCUGGAGAUUGAAUCAGGGCAAGACACUGAACCAGACCAGGAGCAUGAGCCAGAACAGGAGUCUGAGCCUGGUCCUGAUUCCGGGCCCGAGCCCAAGCCUGAGGCUGAGCCUGAGCCUGAGCCUGAGCAGGAGCAGGAGCAGGAGCUUGAGCAAGAGUUCAUACUAGAUAUAGAGUCUGAAACAGAGCAGGAACUUGGACCAGAGCAGGAGCUGAAUCAGGAGUGUGAACUAGAGCAUGACUUUGAACCUGAGCAAGAGGCUGAAGAUAAAAGCCCUGAAUUAACUGAAUGGGAAGCUGAAGACCAGCAGGAUGAGGAACAGUGCAGGAUAGAGGACGAAGUCAGUGAUCAGAGUCCCAGAAGGACUGACGGUGAGUCCUCUGACCCAGAUUAUAUACUUAUAGACCGGGGAGCUGGUCAGCUUUUCACCCCAGACACAGAUGUCCCUAACACAUCAGAUGCAGAUGUGCCACCCAGCUACAGCAAGGCUGUGAGCUUUGACAGGCUCUCUAUAAGUUCAGAUGAAAGCGACAACGACAAGAGACUGAUGCUGAUGACCUCAGACAGCCGAUCAGACCUGGAUGACUCGCUGCUGCCCUCUCAGACCACAGAUCUCACUGCCAGUGAGCUGCUGCUUAACAAAAUGUUCUAUGAUGAGGAGCUUGAGGGCUCUGAGCGUUUCUACAAGACCCAGCCAUUGGGACUGCAGUUGUGCUAUGCCCUCUACAACCUGUUGGUGGCACAUUCUGAAAUGGUCAGCUAUCUAGUCAUCAUCCUUAAUCACAUGAUUUCAGCUUCCAUGGUAACACUGGUGCUACCCAUCCUUAUAUUUUUGUGGGCGAUGUUGUCUGUGCCACGGCCCAGCAAACGCUUCUGGAUGACCGCAAUUGUUUACACAGAGGUGACCAUUGUCAUCAAAUACUUCUUCCAGUUCAGCUUUUUCCCCUUCAACCAAAACAUGAUUGACAGGAAUAAACCUUAUCACCCUCCUAACAUCAUUGGUGUUGAGAAAAAAGAUGGUUAUGUUCAUUAUGACCUUAUCCAGCUGCUCACUCUCUUCUUUCAUCGCUCCAUUCUGAAGUGCCAUGGUCUGUGGGAUGAGGAUGACCCCAAAGCUAAAAAGAAAGAUACACCCCUUCAUCGUGAGGAGUCUGAGGAUGAAGAGAAAAUGACAGUGAUGAUCCCAGCUGAAGAGGAGAAAAAAAGCUUAUCCCCUCACUCCUUAAAGUCUUUUGGCAUGGGCACCUCAAUUGACUCUGCUCAGGUGCACAUACACAUGCGCUACCCUGAACACUGCACAUACCAGAGGCGAAAAAGCUCCAGUGGUACCUCACACUUGUCUCGCAACUCAUCUAUGCGCUCCAAAAGAGGCAGCACAAGCACAAAAAACAGCAUUCGCAGGGAGAGCAGUGAGGCCGAUGUACAGCCAAAGACUCGCAAAGAGCUCAUUAUCGAAAAGAUUCGAGAGCAGCUAAUCAAAGCCAAGGUCUUUCUCCUCAAAAAAGCAAUGGAGAUCUACUUGCCUAUUCGUCAAUUUUUCUACAACCUGAUCCAUCCUGAUUAUAGCGCUGUGACUGACGUCUAUGUCCUUAUGUUCCUGGCAGACACUGUCGACUUCAUCAUCAUUGUCUUUGGCUUCUGGGCUUUCGGGAAACACCAGGGAGGAGCAGAUAUCACAUCCUCAUUGUCAGAAGACCAAGUGCCAGGACCGUUCUUGGUCAUGGUUCUUAUCCAGUUUGGCACAAUGGUGGUGGAUCGGGCCCUGUACCUCCGCAAAACUGUGAUGGGAAAAGUGAUUUUUCAGGUCGUCUUGGUGUUUGGCAUUCACUUUUGGAUGUUCUUCAUCCUCCCAGGAGUGACAGAAAGGCGUUUCAGCCAGAAUAGAAUUGCCCAGCUGUGGUACUUUGUGAAGUGUAUUUACUUUGGCCUAUCGGCCUAUCAGAUUCGCUGUGGUUACCCUACUCGUGUGCUGGGCAACUUCCUGACCAAGAGCUACAACUACGUCAACCUCUUUCUCUUCCAAGGGUUUCGUUUGAUUCCAUUCCUUACGGAACUGCGCGCUGUGAUGGACUGGGUUUGGACAGACACCACUCUCAGCUUGUCUAGCUGGAUCUGUGUGGAGGACAUUUAUGCUCACAUCUUUGUUCUGAAGUGCUGGAGAGAGUCAGAGAAGCGCUACCCACAGCCCCGGGGCCAGAAGAAGAAGAAGGUGGUCAAGUAUGGGAUGGGUGGCAUGAUUGUGAUGUUGCUAAUCUGCAUUGUCUGGUUCCCCCUGCUCUUCAUGUCUCUGGUCAAGUCAGUGGCCGGUGUCGUCAACACACCUCUGGAUGUCUCUGUUAGUCUUACUCUCGGAGGGUUCCAGCCAAUCUUCACGAUGAGUGCUCAGCAGAAAAACCUGAACAGCAUCACUUCAGCAAAAUUUGAUAAUUUUGUUAAGCAUUUUAGUAAGAAUUCAUUUGCAGUGCAGUUUCUCGAGGCGUAUGUGUAUCAGGAUUUGACUGUAGCCCACCUGGAGGGAAGCUCCAACUCAAUGUGGACCAUCAGCCCCCCAAGCAAGAAGAACUUAAUAGGCAUGCUGAAUCAGGCUGACUCAGAUUUCCCUUUAACCAUGACGUGGUCUAUACAGAGGAACCUGAGUUUAGGAGCCAAAUCUGAAAUGGCAACAGGAAAAAAGAUUAUCAACCUGGACAAAGAAACAAAAAUACAACUUGCAAAACUGUUGAUUGAAACCAAUAGUACAGAUGCACAUAAGAAGCCUGUGUGUAUCAAAAGUAUUUUUCCAAGAUAUCUUCGGGCACCCAGCGACUCCAAUGCCAAACUUAUUGAGCAGCUAAGUACAGGUGCAGAUGAAAAAAUUGAAUAUGAAGAUAUUGAUCUAUUUCUAAACCGAGCAGAGGACAGCAAUAAAGAAUGGUGGGUUGUGAACCAGACAAAAUUUGGACUCCUCAAGCUGGAGUCUGUGAAAAUUAACGAUUCUCCAAGGCUGGAGCUCUAUAUCUUCAGUGAUCAGGUCAGCCCUCCCAGCCUGGGCUUCCUGGCUGGAUAUGGCAUCAUGGGCCUGUACAUGUCCGUGGUGUUGGUGAUUGGCAAGUUUGUGCGCGAGUUCUUCAGCGGAAUCUCCCACACCAUCAUGUUUGAGGAGCUUCCCAACGUUGAUCGGAUCUUGAAACUUUGCACGGACAUCUUUCUGGUGCGAGAAACUGGUGAACUGGACCUGGAGGAAGAUCUCUACGCCAAACUCAUCUUCCUCUACCGCUCUCCAGAGACAAUGAUCAAAUGGACCAGAGAGAAGAAAGAGUGAGGACAAUGAUCAUGAUAAAAAAAUGGCCAGGAAGAGGACACUGACUUUGUGGCAGAAGAAGAUUCUAUAUAACAUGGAAUAGCACAAGUCUUUAUUUGGCUAAUGCUGCUGUAGUAUGUAUUUGUUUAACAAGUGCAUGGUACAGCAGUUACAAUUACAAAUAAUAGCUAAUAUUUGUAAUCGUAUCUGCACCUUCCAACACUUGAGUACACAGUACUGUACUCAAAGAGGUAGUUGAUCUGCAGCCACUUGAAUUUUAAGGGCUUUUAAUGGACUUGAUGUCUUCCCAUGCAUCACUGCAUUUUUUUUUUCACAACUGGGAAUGCAUGAGCCUUUAUGGCCUUCCAGUGACUGACAGGCCAGAUGACAAUUCCAGUGUGAUUAUGUUCAGAGACUUUUAAGUGGCCAAAGUGGAUUUUUAAGAGACUUUUUUUUCUGAAGAGGAGUCAGACAACUUCUGGUUUUGCAGAUGUUUGGAGAAACUCAGCAACACAGCAAUCAUCUGGCAAACUUCACAUGCCUUAUUUAUUUUGUACAAACAACUGCAUUUUCAUUCAGUCUUUUUCUCAGGAACACACACCAGUCAUUUCAUUACAAGAUGGCAUCUUUUUCCAUUGUGUAUUUCCCAUGAGUAUUGGACUAAAUCUACAAUACAACGCUGUUAGACAGACGCCAUCCAGGGUGAGAGAAAAAAGGCACAUAAAAUGAAAACGAGACACUAAUCACUAUUUGUAUGUGACUGGCUGACACUGACAAAGCAUGAACUUUCCAGCGAUGGUUAUCAUUUUUGAGAUGUACAAGAAUUGGGAGUUUGUCAUGUUGGUCAAGUUUAAAGGUGUAGGACUGUAACGUGAAAGCCAAAUAAUGACUAGUUGCUUAUAUCGAAAGGGAUAGAGCAAUAGGGUAAUAUGUUCAUUAAAUACACUUUUGGGGGGUAUAGUCACUUAAUUUCUAUAUGUAUCAGUGAGAAAACUAGUAUUUAUGCGGAGAAAGGCUUUUUUAAUGCAAAAAUCAUGAUUACACAAAUAUAAUGAACAUACAUGAUUUGAAUAGGACCUCUAGACUUCUAACAAUAAUGUAGAGGCCCUGACUAAACUGGGAGUACUUGAGAAGAGCUUUAUAUGGGAUUUUGAAUACAAAAAUCACAGUCACAUUUGUAACCUAUGCAUUAUAAAAAGCUGUCAUAGCAUGAGAGAGUAAUUAAUAUUUGACCCCUUUUCAAGACAUCACAUGUACCUAUGCUUUUACAGGGACAAAGAAAUGUGAAAAAUGUAGGUUUACUAAGUAAUGGUACAACAGGAUGGGGAAAAAAGCUGACCAAAGGUAGUGAUCUUCAAAUAAAGCACAUAUCUGAAGGGU